AUGGACAACAAGGAAGAGGACCUGUCCAGUUCAGCAGGCAUCCCAACGCCGAACUCGGCCGGCGGCCAAGGCAACGCCGCACGCGGCAAGCAGCGCGUCGCGCCCGACUCGGAACCGGCUGCCAGCACGUCCUAUACGGCCACACCGCUGUCACAGGCACAGAUAUCCAAGCGGCGGCGCGGUAUCGGCGUGGUCACGCCCAAUGCCUGCAACGAGUGUCGCAAGAAGCGCGUCAAGUGUGAUGGACGACGACCAUGCGGCCGCUGCCGCGUCCAGAGAGACGUUGAGUGCGUGUACGAGCUGCCCGUCCGCCAGUCGAAAGAGGACCUCCGGAGCGAGAUCGAGGUCCUGCGCCGGCGCCAACGGUCCAGCGACGCCGUCAUCUCCGCGCUCAACCGCCCGGGCAUAUGGGAGGAUAUAUUGAGCCGGUUGCACAGCGGCGAGACGGUAGAGAGCCUCUCCGAGUAUCUUGAUACGGGCCCGCCAACGACAGCCGCUUCUACUGCUACAACAAAUCCAAAUCCAAAUCCUAAUCCUAAUGCAGCGGCACUACAAGCAACCAGCACGACGUCGACGAACACGCCGUCGCAAUUCCAACGCUCGCUGCCGAGUGCUGCGUUCCUGGGCGGUGAGGCCCCGACAUACGUGCCCUUCUCGCCAGGAAUGACGCAGGGUGGACAGUCGAGCGGCGGCUCUGGCGGUCCUGGCUCGAGCCAGAGCAUCAGUGAACAACAGCUGCCUCAUCCGUAUCAGCAGCACCAGCGACGUUCCCACCACCAGCAACAACAGCAACAACAACACCUUCAACCCCCGCAGCAUCAACAGCACCAGCAGUUUCAACAACAUCACCAGCAGCAGUCGCUCCACCAGCACCAACAGCAUCAGCCGAAUCAGUCGCACCUCCAGCAACAUCACUUUGAGCAGCUGAAUCAGCAGCAUGGCAGCCCUUGGGGCGGCGACCCCUACUCGGCCACGAGCCAGGCACCAUCCACCCAGAGCGACUCGCGCCAGGAUUGGAACAUGCCGCCCGAGUCCCGCGUCGGGUUAUGGGUCGAGGGCGUCGGGCCAGAUGACCAGUCCGGCUCUGGCGGCGGCGGUGGCGGCGGCAGCGGAGGCAUGGGUGACAUGAGUUCCGGCGGGAUCCCACGGUACCGCGGCGUCGACCAAAUCCUCGCACCCGACAUGCCCGACCUCAAGUUGCCGACCACCACGUGGACCGACAUCUCGGAAGAUCUCAACCUCGUCCAGCACCUCUUGGCGCUCUACUUUUGCUGGGAGUAUCCGACCUUUGCCUCCCUCAGCAAGGAGCACUUUCUCUCCGAUUUCCAAGUCGGCCGCCCCCGCUACUGCUCGCCCAUCCUCGUCAACGCCUUGCUGGCUCUGGGCUGCCGCUUCUCCACGCAGCCCAACACACGCGCCGUGCCCGACGACCCGUACACGUCCGGCGACCACUUCUUCAAGGAGUGCCAGCGCUUGUUCUACCUCGAGGAGAACCACCACAGUCUGACCACCAUCCAGGCGCUGGGCAUCAUGUCGAUUCGAGAGGCAAGCUGUGGUCGCGACUCGGAGAGCUGGUACUAUGCCGGCCAGAGCAUCCGCUUGGCCAUUGAAAUGGGCCUGCACCAGAUCCGCAACGACGACGGCGACGAAGACGAGGUGGCCGUCAAGGCCGCCACGUUUUGGGGCGCCUUUGCCCUUGACCAUGCUUGGUCCCUUGCCACAGGAUCCCUUCCCCAAUGCUCCUGCUUCCCGCUUCUACCGCCAAAGCCUGCCAUCAUUGACGGCAUCGAGGCUUCGCACUGGAUCCCCUACACGGACGAUGGCGCACCCUUGCAGCGCUCCUGCCAGCAACCGUCAAACGUGCGCUCGGUAUACAAGUGCUUUUGCGAGCUCAGCGAGCUUGUGCACCAGUCCCUCUACAUUCUCCAUUCUCCUGGCCGCCCUCUCACCAGCCGCGACCUUCUCCACAUCUAUACAAAGUACCUCAACUGGUACGACUCCAUACCAGAAGUCUUGCGCCUCGGACACAACUUCACCCCGGCUGUCCUGUUCGCCCAUAUGUACUACCAUUUCGCGAUACUGCUGCUCUUCCGGCCCUUGAUCAAGCUCCGUAUCAUUGGAUCCAGAAUCCUGCCUAAAGAUGUCUGUCUACAAGCCGCUGAUGCCAUCCAGGGCCUGCUCCGCUCCUAUUCCCAGCUCUACACCUUGCAACGAACGCCGUCCUUUGUACCUUACUUUGUCCUUACCUCGUCCAUCAUGCACCUUGCCAUUGGCGCCUCCACAUCGGCCGAACUGCCGCCGGGCGGCGACAUUGCCGCUGCCAUGGCCAACAAAGCGCCCACCUCUCUUGCGCGUCGUCCCAAGGAUAGCGACGAUCAGAGCAUGCACAGCGUAAGCGGGGAUGGAGGCAGCAGUAACAGCAGCACCGGGGGCGGCAACGGUGGCGGCGGCGGCGGCGGUGGUAGUGGUGGUGGUGGUGGUGGCAGUGGGGUGGGAGGUGGUAAAGGAGCACGCCACGGCGGCGAGGACUCGAACAGCGGAGCAAGCAACAACAGCAGCCCCAGUCCGGGCCGUGGUACCACCAAGCUCGACUCCCGCGUGGUCGAGUCCAUCAACCGUGGCAUCGCCGACCUGACCGCGAUGUGGAACAUUGACAUCCACAUUACCCCCGUCACCAAGUCGUCCAGCGGCAGGCUCAUCGAGGACGCCGACAGCGACCGCCUGCUGCGCCCCAUGACCACAAGGCUCAACUUUUUCACGCCCAACAUUGAAGACAGCGACUUCAACUGCACCUGGGGCGUGCUCGAUGCUGGCGUCUCCAAGGGCUUCUUCACCGGCGGCAGUGCCGCGUCGGCGUCGCUAGCCAAGGCCGCCGACAAUCUUGACAAUCCGCUCUUCUGGCCGUUCCCUAUGCAGGGCCGCCCGGUUCUGCCUCUGGGAAAGAAGCUUGAAGAGGCCGGGUUUGCUCUCUUGUAA